AUGGCUUCCAAGAUUCCUACACUGGAUUUAGAUGUCAUUGCAAACAGUGGUACAGAUCUUUCAUUAGUUAUGAAAGAUCUAUUGACCCAAUAUGAUACCAUUUUACUUAAAAAUUUCGCAAAUAAGGAUCAAUUGGAUGUCUUACUAUAUAAUUUAGACAAUAUUGAUAUUCCUGAUACAGAACAAGGAUUCGAUGCUAAUUUCACUGGUACUAUUCCGCUAGCAAAUGGAGAUCCUAAUCAAAAUCAUGAUGAAAGUGUUUUAAUAGAGCAAUAUAUUUUCAAUACUGACGAGAAUUUAAAUUUCGGUAGACCUUGUGAUAAUAAAUCAUUAAGUCAUUUAUAUGCUAGAUUAUUUAAGCUAGGGCUAUAUUUUUCGCAGAUUUGUUUUAAUGCAAUGGUAUUGCAAUCAAACGAAAUUGAAUUUAAUGAAAAAAAAUUUUCUGCAAUGAUAACAAGAUUUUAUACCCCUCAUGUUUAUCGACAAAUUUCGGACACUAAGCAUUUAACAAAUGAGAUGAUUGAUAUGGAAGAUGAUGACGAACAAGAUGAACUCAAUAUAUUGACUACUGGGGACCAUUUCAAUUAUUUACAUUCGGAGGAUUUUAUAGAUUUCAAUUCUACCGGUAUCAUUACUAUUUUUCCAAGAGCAACAGGUAUUAAAUACAAGCCAGCAACUUCCUCGAUGAGUGAUAAUAUCUGGAUUUCUAUUGAGGAACCAGAUUGUGUAUUAAUCCAUACAGGAGUUCUAUUAGCCAAAUGGUCUAAUGGAUUACAUCAAACAUCUCCUUUAAAAUUAGCGACUCAUAGAAACGUUAUUCAUUGUACGAUUGCACCUCCAUUGAAUACAAAAUUAUCUGGCAAUGAUGGUGAGCAUCAUACUAUUUCGAAUCUUUUAUUAGAUCAGCAAAUGAUACAAUUACCUCAAGUAGCAAAGCAAUUUUAUAGUCGAGAUUUAGAUAUUCUAAAAUUGGAAGAAAACAUUCGUUUUUACAAAGAAUUAUUUAAUGUAUCAGAAACUGUUCUUUCAUUAUACAUGAUGUCAAGAUCAACAAAGAAUAAUCCUCCAGAAAUUCAAAAUUUACUACCACAAAUUAGUAACAUGUUGAAGAAAAAGAUUGAUGAAGAAAUGUUCUUAAAAUUACUAACAAUUUGGCCGGAAUGUUAUAUUGUUGAAGCAAAUAUUAGGUUUGAACUGUCAAUUAGAUUACCAAAAGUUGAUCCAUUGCAUGCAUUAACUACAAAAUCAAGAAAAUUAGAGUUCAUUGAGCAUGCUGAUAUAUGGCUAGAAGAGGCAAAAAAUAUGAAAAAUAUCCCUAAGGAUAUCCCAGCAACACACAUCUCUAAAAGACGUUCUAGUCAAAAUUUACAAGCAUCUAAAUUAUUACAUAAUUCACAAACAAUUAAUGAAGAAGAUGCUGAAGUGAUGAAAUUUUCACCAAAAAAGCUUACAAAUAACAAAACAAAUUAUAUAUCGAAUUCAAGUAGUAAAUAUAUUAAUACAGAGAAGAAUUUCGAUUCUCAGAGUAAUUUAUUACAAAGGUUGAGGGAAAAGGAGAAAAAAUCAACCGAAUUAUUAUUGCAGAGAGAAAACAAUUAUAAAUUAUUUUUGACAAGUAAAAUGACUCAAAUUUUUGAAAUAAUGUUCUUAUUGGAUUGGAAUCAACCAUAUACAGAAACACAUUUAAAUUCACUAAUUGUCGAUAGUUUACGUGAUAGUAAUAAUCCAAUUGGUGAAGUUGAGGUGAAUGAAAUUUUACUUAAGAUUCAUGAAUUCUUACCAAAUAAAUUUCAAAUGUAUUCUACCGAUGGAGGUUUAAAAGUUUAUAGAUGGGAUAAUCUUGAUAAAGAUGAAUUCCAAUUAAAGUUAGCAGCUUAUAAAAAAUCAUUUACGUAA